GCUGUAAAGAAUACUUUUGGGCCAUAACCAUUCUGAAAAGUUGUAUUACGGCAAAAUCUAAUAAAUGAAAGAAAUGUUUCUUGUAGGCCAAACUGUAGUCAUGAAGGCCUUUCUGCAGCCGGAAAUCUGAACCCUGGCUUGUUGUGCAUCAGCGAACAUCAUGGGGAAACAAUAACACUGACUGAGAGAACAACACAGCAGAGUUGUACAGUAAACAUUGAGAUGUCUCGGUCUGGAUUCUAGUUCUAGAUUAGAUCUAGAUCUAGGAUCUAGUUAUUUGAUUCUGCUGGUUGUAAAACAAAACUGGUCUUGUAAACAGAAUAAAAUUGUUUGUGUGCAGAAUGGAUGAGUUUUCCUUUGAGUUUGUGGCUGAGAGCAUGGCCAAAGAGAACUUUGCCUUGCUUUAUCAGCUCUACCAGGCGGGAGAAUUGUGCGAUGUGGAGAUUUCUGUUGGCAAAAAGGUGUUCCUGUGCCAUCGCCUGGUGCUAGCCUGUGUGUCUCUGUACUUCCGAGCCAUGUUCCAGUCACAGAUGAUGGAAGCCACGGAGAAGUCGAUCCGCAUCAAGGACAUCGACGAGGAGGCCAUGUCGCAGCUCAUCGAGUUUGCGUACACGUCCAAGAUCCGGCUGAGCACCGACAACGUCCAGGCGAUCCUCUACGCCGCGUCGAUUCUACAGAUCGAGACAGUCGCAACAGCGUGCAGCAACUUUAUGCGCUCUCAUCUUCAGCCUUCAAACUGCAUUGAGGUGAGGCGGUUUGCCGAUAUGCACAACCGCGUGGAGCUGAUGAAGAUGACGGACACAUACAUGCGGGAGAACUUUAUCGCCGUCUCCAUGAAUGAAGAGUUCCACAACAUGUCCUUCCCCAUCCUGAAAGAGCUCAUUGUAUCUCCUGACCUGAACGUAGACUCGGAAGAGCAGGUCUACAACGCCAUAAUGAAGUGGAUCAAGCACAACUUGGAGCAGCGGGUCUCACACUUGCCGGAUUUGUUAGAGAGGGUAAAACUGCCGCUGUUGGAUCCGAUGUUCCUGAUGGAGCAUGUGGAGAAGGACGAGCUGAUCCGGAACAGCUUUGUGUGCCGAGACUUUGUGGACGAGGCCAAGUACUACCAGAUGUCCCUGGCCAGCAUCGUGCCAGAGGUCAAGGUCACAGAGAGGUCGAGGCCGCGGAAAAGCUAUGCGGGAGUUCUGUUCUGCGUGGGUGGGCGUGGAGCGUCGGGCGACCCGUUCAAAAGCAUCGAGUGCUACGACCCGUGCCAGGACCGCUGGUUCCCUGUGGCAGACAUGACAACCAGGCGCCGCCACGUCGGAGUCUGUUCUGUCAACGGCCUGCUGUACGCUGUGGGAGGUCACGACGGCAGCGAACAUCUGCGGAGUGGAGAGGUGUUUGACCCCAAGACCAACUCGUGGAGCUCCAUCGCACACAUGGCCACUCUCAGACGAGGGAUUGCCAUUGGCUGCCUGGGCGGAGUUAUCUACGCCGUAGGGGGUCUGGACGACGCGACCUGUUUCAACACCGUGGAGCGCUACGACCCCAGCACCGACCUGUGGGGCUUCAUCGCGUCCAUGGAGGUGCCUCGGGGCGGGGUGGGAGUCGCCUCCCUGAAGGGCCACCUGUACGCUCUGGGCGGCAAUGAUGGAACCAGCUCCCUGGACAACUGUGAGAAGUACGACCCGUACCUCAACCGAUGGCUCAUGAUCGCGCCCAUGCACAAGCGCAGGGCCGGGGCGGGCGUGGCUGUUUUGGACGGCUACAUUUACGUCGUAGGAGGGUUCGACGACAACUCCCCACUAGACUGCGGCGAGCGCUACGAUGCAAAGACCAACAAGUGGACGCUAGUGUCCAGCAUGUCGUGUUGCCGAGGGGGCGUGGGGGUCAGCGCUUUGGGAGGCCGGCUGUACGCGGUGGGAGGUCACGACGGCUCCAACUACCUCAACUCUGUGGAGGCUUACGACCCGCUCACAGACAAGUGGGAGCCGGCACAAGGCAUCCAGAAGCUCCGGGCGGGGGCGGGCGUGGCGUUCUGCGACUGCUCGCCGAAGCUGCUGCGACAAGCCACCUCCAACAACAACAACACUGGCCACUUGUAGAGGAGGGCUCGAGUCUCGCUGUGUCCUUGGGGUCUUGCUGGAGUUCGCUUCUGAGAAUUAUUUCCCAUAAUGCAAUGGAUGGGACUCAUGUAGAUUUUUGUCUGGGUGGUGUUGAUUCAAAUGUUCCAACUCUUGAGUACAUUGAAUACAUUUCUGGCCCGACAGAGUGACCUUUGUUAUGGGAAUCUCAAGGUCUCGCUAUAAAAUCUAGUUGUUAGGCUACCGGACUCGAAAUCGUGGGGUUGGGGGUUCGGGAGUUCGAGCCGCGGACCCGAUGUUGUG